AUGUCAUUCCUCAAUUUCUCACUCACGUUCGGCUGGGACAUUUUUGAGUUUGAGAAAAAUGCGGGACCUGGGGUACAUAAUGCGGGGCUGCCAACAGGUCCCGCAGACGUCCGGUCCCUCAAAGGGUUCUCCCUACACCUCCCACUCGCACUAGAAGUAGCUUGUAUCAGUCGGAUCAUGAUGCCAAAGACACGGAGUCGGAUUAAGCGACAGCGAAUUUGUCCGUGGUGCUCGUUGUCGUUUUCUAAGGAAGAACAUCUAUCUCGCCAUAUCCGGUCGCAUACAAAGGAGAAGCCAUUUGGCUGUGUGACAUGUGGCAAGACUUUUAGUCGCCAUGACUCGCUUCUGCGGCAUAGCAGAGUACAUUCCAACGAAGGCAAGGAUAAUCCGAUUCUUGACCUAGGAGCUCCAGCUCUAGAGUCCUAUGGGAACUCUGAUCAAAUCCUUGAAGCCGCACAACCGCUCUCCUCAGAAAAUGACUUGGAUCAAGUCUCAUCAUUUCCAGCACACCAAGCAACACCGAGCUCACUGUCGCCUAGCCAGAAUGCUACUGCUGCCCACCCCCAAGCUCGGCUACCAGGAUGGCUCGAAACAAUCGUGCAACCUCCACGGAAUGCCCGUGGGCAAGUCAACUCUCAGGGUCCCUUAUUCACACCACUCGAUAGCAUCUUCGAUUCAACAAUGGAGGAAGCUCUAAAUUUUAGUCAAUAUACUCAAGCUCCAACCUGGCUUGCUGACGAGCAUUUCGACCUAAAUGCAUUGAAUUCUUCGGUGAUGGCAAGCACGCUGGGUUUCUUCUCACCCGAAUACACAGCAAAUGAGGAUGGUACCGAUAUAACAAUACAGAUAGUGGAAGAAUCCCAUCCAGAACGCAAGGAAGAUCAAGUCCGGCUACUGUGGUUCACCUAUGUUGGGACACACAAGUCUGGCUACAUCACGCCCGAGGGUACUCAAGAACAAGUGGAAUUAGAUGAGCAAUACCGGCAAACACUGUCGCAGAGGCUUCAACAACGUGUUCCAACCGAGCCAUUGCCGUCUACCGAUUUCCUGAAUCUGUGUAUCCAGCUGUUCUUCACACGAUUCAAUCCAGGGUCUAUUAUUUUUGAAAGACUCAACAAAGCUAUCCUAGCCUCGUGGGAGAAAUAUCUCUUGAGCGGGAAGGGCGAGGCAAUUGCAAUGACACAGGCUUCGUUGAUUGGACAAAUAUUUGCGAUGCUUUCAGGGACAUUCCAUGGCACUGUUGCUACCUGGGCUAGAAUAUACAAGAUGUUCAAAGCCCGGCGGGCGACAGAUUAUUUGGAGGCGCAUCUCCAGACCCACAACCCAGAAGAAUCAUGGAGGACCUGGGCUCAGUCCGAAGAACAAGUUCGUCUGGCAGCAGGUCUUCACAUUCUGGACACAGAGAUAUCGGAAUUGGUCUUGACGCACCCUCUUCUGCAGCACGAAGAGUCGUUGCUGCCUCUGACCGCAGGCCACGAGCUGUGGGUCGCUUCGAAUUCCACGCAAUGGAAGACAAUUAUUCUGGGCCGUCAACGGGGCGACUCAGGACUAAAUCAAGAUAACUCUAAUGCCCUUGUGGCUGGAUCCGGCACUUUGCCGCUCGGCACUAAUGGACAACCAGAUGGAUUUCAACGGUACAUUACGUUGGAAGGUAUCAAUGCUCGUAUUGCAGAGACGAGAACAUCCCACGCUACCCGAGACCAGACCGUGUCCACACAAUUCGAAUAUCAAUUGAUUCAGUUCUUCGAUCAGCACCUUUACACAAAAGAAGAUGCCACCGCCAACGAUCCGUUCUGCUUGGAUGUGCUAUGGCACUCAGCCUUUAUUUCGCUUUUGGUGGAUUUUGAUCGCUUAGAACUAGCGAUUGGAAGGGAAGGAUACGAGGAGUCUUUACUUUAUCGUGAUUAUGCUCACCAAUGGGCUUCUUCCCCAAAUGCGCGUCGUUGUGCUUUACACGGGGCGAUGAUUCUCCGAAAGCUUCAAAAUUCCCCGUUAGGAAAGGAACCGGCGAUCCACGUCCCUAGGGCGCUGUAUCGGGCGGCCACGGUGUGGUAUGCGUACUCCGAAUACGGGCUGGAUGUCGAUCAAAGCUCCUCGGGAACAUCGCCCGCUGUCAACGUUGAGUUUCCGGAACUUUCUCGGUUAAAGGUCAAUAGUCAGGCUCUCUUAUUCGAAGCUAAUGGCUAUCGAAUGUCGAGACCAAAGACGUCCGAGUCGAGCACGCUCUGUGGGCUGGUUGACCUCCUUCACCGGAUUGGCCAUUGGGGGUUGUCAAGGAAAUUUGCGGAGCAGUUAAGUUUUCUGCUAAAGGAGACGCAGAGUUAA